UGUUUCCUGAAAUUGAAUCAGGCACUCGGAGAAGGAGAGGCGGGUCAUGUUCUGUUUUGGCGAGGCGAUUCACUGUGUGUUCACAGCCACGACAUCUCGCUCUUUUCCCCUCUCUGGCGAGUCACCCAAUCUCUCACCCUUCAGCCCAACCCUGGCUCCUGGAACAGAAUUUUUGGCCUUCUUUUUCUUGAUAGUCCCAUUGGAUCUGGCUUCAGUGUGGCCUCAACCCCAGAAGAGAUCCCAAGAGAUCAAAACGCGGUUGCCAAACACCUCUUUGCUGCUAUAACCAAAUUUCUUCAACUGGACCCUCUUUUCAAGCAUCGCCCUGUUUAUAUUACUGGAGAAAGCUAUGCUGGCAAGUAUGUGCCUGCGAUUGGGUACUAUAUAUUGAAGAAAAAUGAAAACUUGGAGGCUUCCGAAAGAGUGAAUCUGGCCGGUGUAGCUAUCGGGGAUGGGUUAACAGACCCCGAAACUCAAGUUGUCUCUCAUGCUGUGAAUGCAUACUAUGUUGGAUUGAUCAACGAGAGACAGAAGAAUGAGUUGGAAAAAGGUCAACUGGAAGCUGUUGGGUUGAUCCAAAAGAGGAAUUGGAGUGCAGCAACAGAUGCGAGAAGCAAGGUGUUGAAAAGGUUGCAAGACAUGACAGGGUUGGCUACUUUGUAUGACUAUACAAGGAAAGCUCCGUACGAGGAUGAUCUGGUCGAACGGUUCGUGAACAUUGCGGAGGUGAAGAAAGCACUGGGGGUGAAAGAAUCGUUUGUGUAUGAGAUAUGCAGUGAUGUUGUUGGGGAGGCAUUACAUGGUGAUGUGAUGAAAAGUGUGAAACAGAUGGUGGAAUACUUGGUGAGGAAGAGCAGGGUGUUGCUUUAUCAAGGUGAGUAUGAUUUGAGGGAUGGAGUUGUCCAAACAGAGGUGUGGGUUAAGACAAUGAAAUGGGAAGGGAUAGAAGACAAACUACCAGUUAAAACUCCAGAGACAGAGAUAAAGACACGUCAUUACCACUACUGUGACUCAUUUGCCACGUUUUACUUCUGUAGUGCCACAUAAUCAACCACUUAACGCAGUUAGUGUGUAUUUAACGGAGAUGACUACAUUGACACAAAUUUUUUCAAUGUUUGGAUUCAAUUGACACUUUUACACCACGUGAGGACGACAAUGAAACUUUUUAAAAAAUGAGGAUGAAUUUGACACAAUUCAACCAAACUGGGGACAAAGGAAGCAAUUAAACCUUAAAUAUACUACAAUAAACUAAACAACAUUGAACUACUUAGAAUAAUAAUUGGAUUGUACUCUUUUAGGAUUCAAUUUUAAAAAAAUAAACUUGUAUAAUUUGAAAUGAAUUGUCCUUUUUAUUUUAUUUUAUUUUUAUUUUUCCCUUUCUCUUUUACACUAACAUGUUACCUUUAUUUUAUCUAUAUAAAAAUAAAAAUAUUC